CUGAGGCAAAUGAUCAGGGGUCAGGGGUCAGUUGGACCCCAUUUCUAAACGAGGGCUAAGAAAACCUGCCACAAUAAAAGUCUGAAUUCAGUUCCUUCACAAUAAAUGCCUGCCAGUAUGUGGGUGGUUCUGUUUGACCUCUGACCUGAGAAGAACCUUGGUUCUGGUUUUGGCUCAUCUCAGAGAAACGUCUUUUUAUUGGAUCAGUUUCUCUGCAGCUCCAGAUCUGCACUCUGAUUGGCCGGUUUGGUUUCAAUAGACGAGCCGGUUCACCAGUCAGAACCGGGUCUUUCUGGGUUCUGCGGAGGAACGUUGUGUCUCAGUGAGAGCUACUUCCUGUUCCUGUCCAGAACCGCAGAACGUUUCACAAUGAGGCAGGGAGGAGGCUUUUAUUGUGAAACACAAAGAGGAAGUUAUGAAAUGGCCUCUCUCCCAGUGAAUUUGUUUCCAUCUGCAGCAGCUCGACCUGCUGACCUYUGAGCCCCAGAACCACCUGACCCGAUAAGAACCAAUCAGGUGAAAGCUCUGCUUCAGAACCAGAACCAACCAGGACUGCAGCAGAAUGUUCUGCCCAGGAUCCGGUUGAGCUGCAGCAGAAACCAGAACCUUCGGACCAGAACAUGUGCUGGUUCUGUCUGGUCAUUGCUCUUGAUGUUCUGGACCGGACGUUCUGGGUCUGGAAUCCAACCAGAACCAGAACAUCUGAACAGGAAGUUCAGAACAUCUGAACAGGAAGUUUCCGGACCCAGCUGGAGAACGGAACCGGUGCCAGCAGGCUUUAGGACCCUGCAGCUCCUCCUGCUGCGCCUCCUGCUGAUUGGUUAAUGAAGCUCCAGCUGACGCCCCACCUCACCUGUCUGCACCGACCAGGGCGGCUGAGGAAACCCCGCGGCMCGGCAGCAUCCAGGACAUGGAGCUGAGGGAGGAGUGGCUGGACGACGGCUUCCCCAGGCCGCUCCCGGAGGAUACUGAGGGUCCAGCAGGAGGCGCUGCAGACUCAGCCCCGCCCAUCAGACUGGCCCCGUCGAGCGGAGCCAGGAAGCGGCUGACGGCGCCGGCCCUCAGCGACCCAAACAGCGACAGCUUUUCGGCGGCGGCGCUGUCCGGGACGCCGGACGACUCGCCGUCGCUGGACAUCAACCUGGAGGCGCUGGAGACGCCGUCCGGCAGCGAGUCGGGGACGCUGCCGGACGGCGUGCACGACCUGGAGUGGGAAGACGACCUGCCAGAGAUGGGGCGGGGGCGGUUCGUGGGCGUGGCGGAGCCCAGCGAGGGUCUGAUGGACCUGGACCAGGUGGACCAACAUGGCCGCCGGUGGAGGCGGUUCUCCAUAUCUGGACAAGAGUACCAGGUCAACAUGAGCGUCCUGGAGCCAUACCUGCAGGUCCUGUCACAUGGAGGUUACUAUGGAGACGGGAUGAACGCCAUAAUUCUGUUUACUUCCUGUUACCUGCCGGAGAACACGGUGGAGGACUAUGAGUAUGUCAUGGAGAACCUGUUCAGGUACAUCGUGGGAACGCUGGACCUGAUGGUUUCAGAGAACUACCUGCUGGUCUACCUGUGCGCCAUGGCUCCCAGGAACAAGCUGCCAGCCAUCAAGUGGCUCCACCAGUGCUACACCUCCAUCGACAGGAGGUUGAGGAAGGACCUGAAGGGCCUGCUGGUGGUGCAUCCGGCCUGGUACAUCAAGGCUCUGAUCACGCUGGUCAAGCCCUUCAUCAGUGACAAAUUUAGCAGGAAGAUUCGCUUCGUUCAGAACCUGGAGCAGCUGUCGCAGUUCGUCCCCACAGACAGGCUGCAGAUCCCAGAGGCAAUCCGACAGUAUGAUGAGAAGCUGAGAAGAUGACGACCUCAGAUGACCUCUGAUUAAUCGGACCGGGUGAAUGUGGAGGCCGAAGCUGUCAACCUGCUGACCUUUGACCUGCUGGAUGUACAGACCUACAGACUGUGGUUUAUUUAUGCUGCUUUGUUUAUGUUGGGAGUUUUUAAGGAACUCUUCCUGGGUCGGUUUUCCGGCUCAUCUCCAUGGAAUCACGUUCUUCCACAGCAGCGCCUCCUCCUUCACUGCCUUCUCUGUUUCCAUGGCAACGUUUGGUCUCAGCACCCCCAUAAACCGUAGCAGCGCCAACAUGUGUAAUCUGGUUGAUGUCGUUGGUUCUGGUCUGGGUGUAGAUCGGGUUUCAUGUUGCAGGGGCGGGGCAUCUGUGUACGAGGUUCCUGAUUGGUUGUUCACCUGCUGCAGUAAUAAAAUAUUUACAAGAUG